AUGAGGAGGUGGCGCAGGAGCAGCGGCUGCGUUUCGGCAGCCCUCAAGUCCCCUCUAGGCGCGGCGCUGCGGGAGAGCGAUCUGCGGUACCCAGUGAUCAGCCAGCCCAGUGCCCAUCUGCUAGUGUCAAGACCCUUCCGGAAGAACAGACACUGUGCCACUCCCCCAAGCUCGCCUGCUCAAAGCCAGGGCGCACAGUGUGGUUGUAGACACCUGCACAGCCGAGAAGGCGGACACAGGCGCCGGCGGGGCGCCCCCAGUUAUCCUCAAACAGUGACAACCUCGGUGACCGGGUGCCAACCCAUCCGGGGACUGGGCGUGCGGGGCUACGAGGCUGGCGGCCCCCAGGAGCUCGGAGUGAGGAAGGUGGUGGCCCUGAGGAAUAAUCUCAACCUGGAGAGUGAUUCCACAUCAGAAACUGGCUUUCCUCUGUCCAAAGAAGUCCCAGGGGAGCACCAAGUCGUCCACCAACCCUUCCCCAGACAGCGAUUUCCUCAUGAGACUGGGCAUCCUUCACUGCAAAGAGACGGCCCCAGAUCCUUUCUCCUUGACCUACCAAACUUUCCAGAUCUUUCCAAAGCUGAUAUCAAUGGGCAGAAUCCAAAUAUUCAGGUCACCAUAGAGGUGGUUGACGGUCCUGAUUCUGAAGCAGAAAAAGAUCAGCAUGCAGAGAAUAAACCCAGCUGGCCAGUCGCAGCUCCUGAUUGGCGGGCCUGGUGGCAGAGGUCCUUGUCCUUGACCAGGACAAACAGCGGGGAUCAGGACUACAAGUAUGACAGUACCUCUGAUGACAGCAACUUCCUCAGUGUUCCUAGGGGGUGGGACCAUCCAGCCCCAGGCCACCGGACUUUUGAAACCAAAGAGCAGCCAGAAUAUGAUUCCACAGAUGGUGAGGGUGACUGGAGUCUCUGGUCUGUCUGCAGCGUCACCUGUGGAAAUGGCAACCAGAAGCGGACCCGUUCUUGUGGCUAUGCAUGCAUUGCAACAGAAUCGAGGACUUGUGACCGUCCAAACUGCCCAGGAAUUGAAGACACUUUCAGGACAGCAGCCACGGAAGUGAGUCUGCUUGCGGGAAGUGAGGAGUUUAAUGCCACCAAGUUGUUUGAAGUUGACAUGGAUAGCUGUGAGCGAUGGAUGAGCUGCAAGAGUGAGUUCUUAAAGAAAUACAUGCACAAGGUAAUCAAUGACCUGCCCAGCUGUCCCUGUUCCUACCCCACCGAGGUGGCUUACAGCACAGCUGACAUCUUUGACCGCAUCAAGCGCAAGGAUUUCCGAUGGAAGGAUGCCAGUGGGCCCAAGGAGAAACUGGAGAUCUACAAGCCUACUGCCCGGUACUGCAUCCGCUCUAUGCUGUCCCUGGAGAGUACCACACUGGCUGCUCAGCACUGUUGCUAUGGUGACAACAUGCAGCUCAUCACCAGGGGCAAAGGGGCAGGCACACCCAAUCUCAUCAGCACUGAGUUCUCUGCUGAGCUCCACUACAAAGUGGACGUUCUACCCUGGAUAAUCUGCAAGGGCGACUGGAGCAGGUAUAAUGAGGCCCGGCCUCCCAAUAACGGACAGAAGUGCACAGAGAGCCCUUCUGAUGAGGACUACAUUAAACAGUUCCAAGAAGCCAGGGAGUACUAACGCGCCACUGGUUUGGAGGCACAAAUGCACUGAUCUGCCAACUGUCACCCAGUUUUGUUUUUUUUUUUUUUAAUCCACAUUUUUGUAUAUUUGUAUAUUCCACAUGAAUAUUUUUCUAAGUAAACUAGGGGUAUGCACCAGGUCUGGGGGACCGCUAUGUCCAUUGCCUACAAACUGUGUUGGAAGUCAUUCUAGUGGCUGUGUAGGCAAGAAGAGGAACCUGGUAGCCAUAGUGGGUGUGAUUCCAUUCCCGCCUCCAUCCAGUGCACAAGAGCAUAGAGACUGAGGUUGUAAACAUUAUAAGCAGUUUUUAUAUAUAACUUAUUUAAUACAAAUGUGACUUAAGCUUAACCUUUUCUCUGGAGUUGUCCUUGUAAAAAUUAUUUAAUCGCUUCUGAGAGAGCUCAAAAAGGAAAGGACUUAGGGGAGUGGAGAGAAAAGGAAUAUUGUGGUGGGGAUGCAUAAAAAUGAAAAAAGAGCCACCUUACACCGGGUGCUCUUUAGUCACAGGGCAUUUGCUGGAGUCACAGAUUCAAACCUUUCCUUGUCUUAGACUAGGGAAGGGGUAGAUAGUAAGUGAAUGCUUAGAGUUAAGUCAAAGACACAGUUCUAAAUGGCUUUAAACAAAAUGAGCAGUGUGAUUCUACUAUAGAGCCCCAGCAGCAGCAUUUCUGCUGUGUCUCAACGAGCUCAGAAGAUGCAAGAAACUCAGGCUUUGUAAAGCCCGAAGUGGCACUUUCCAAAAGAACAAAGCAAAAUAAAUAGGAAAAUAAUAUGGGCCCCAUUUUGUCUAUUUUAUUUUAAUAUAACAACUUUUCUCCGCCAGUAUAUUCCCAGUAAAUAAAUAUAAAAGGGGGUGGGUGGUAGGAGCUGAAGUCUGGGAAAUCCUAUUUUUUUAUGUUUUAAGAAAAAAAAAACCUGCAUUAUUUUUGUAAAGUAUUUAUUGAGUCAUUGGAUAUUGUGCAUCGUGCAGUUGUAGGACGGUCCUGUUCUAUGGGGUAGAACUGGAGGACAGAUGAAAAGUUGGCUCUUAUGCAAUCUUUCUUGCAAAACUCCAGGAAAAGAAAUAUAUAAUAAAAUCAUAAUAAAAUGUG